CAGGACCUCAUUGUUGGAGACACGAUCCUGCCAGCUGAUACCCCUGAUGGAGUGGAGGCAGUGCUGAUGGAAGCGCUCGAGCAUCUGAAUUUGCUUGUGGUACAAGACCAAGGCUUCGAGCCAUAUUGCAGUGUUGUGACGAUGGCAGCCCUGUAUACCUGGAUUUUUGUGGACAGACACAGCUGGUGAUUCUUCCACACAUGUUUCUGGAGGUGCCCGAAGGCAGUGCUAACUCUGAGGAUCACUUCGUGUUACCUUUGAAGCCUACAGUAAACAUUUACCAACAUGACCAGCAGGACAAUCGGAUGGUGACUACUCAGAAUAUGGAAACUCUGUUUGAAAACGUGUUGGAGGACAAUCCAGUUCAUGUUCAUCAGUUUCUCUUUGACACCGAGUCGGCCAUGAUGCAGCAUCACGUCUUUGAUUCCAGUGAAGAGGAGGGCACCUACGAUGAUGAAGAUGGAUCCAACGGCGACAGUGACCAGAGAUACCCGGACACCUUCUGCGGAUUGCGGAGAAGUUUCCUGUGCGAUCCUCCGCUGCAGCCAACAGGGCUGAAAAGCUUCCCCGAUCCAAAGGGAUCCAGUUUGUACAGAGGCUCAGCUGAGGAAGCAGAAAGGAUUGGUCAGGAGCUGGUUAAUGAAGAAGAGCAGGCGAAGAGGAAGGCUGAGAAACGGAGACUUAAGAAGAAGAGGCGGAAAGAGAAACGACGGCAAGAAAAACUAGAGAAGGAAAAUAGAAGUGAGGCUAAAGCUAAAGAGAGCGUUGAUGGUGAGAAAAGUGUAAAGAAAGAAAGCUGUACAGAUGGGAAGCAGGAUAGCGAAGUGAGCGAAAAUGUCACUGCCUCACCUGAGAAAGACCCUUUAGCGUGCAAGAAACAGAGCACUAACAGUAGGAAUGGGCACAGUGUGAAAGUGGCUUCUAAACCCGGCAACGUGAGGCGGGACAAAGAGGGUGAAAGUGAGAGCACAGCCGAUAAAUCCCCCUCUCAGUCUGAGGAUGAAUGGGACAUGUCCAGUUGUUUUGUCUCAAAAGCCGCCAGUCAGAUAAAGCGUAAAAUGAACAUCAAAGCCAAAGCUGAGAGGAAGGAGACUGAGAAGAAGAAAGCGGAAAAGAAACAAGAGCAGCCUGUGGACUCAAAUACACUGAAUGCCAAGAUCUUGGAAUUGGCAGUACAGGGUAACAGUAUGGCUAACGAGGGGCGCUACGAGGAUGCAGUGGGAUACUUUACGGAAGCAAUUAAAUAUGAUCCAAAGGAAUACAGGCUGUUUGGAAACCGCUCCUACUGCUACGAGAGGCUGCAGCAGUAUAGCCUGGCGCUGAACGACGCCCACAUUGCACUGACCUUGAACCCCUCCUGGCCAAAGGGUUACUUCAGGAAAGCUCGUGCUCUGGCUGGAGUGAAGAGAUAUACAGAGGCCAUUCAGGCAUUUCAGCAGGUGCUGAGAAUUGAUAGUUCCUGCAAAGACGCAGAAUUUGAAUUACAUCAAGUACAGACUAAACUCCUGAUGGAGCGAGGUUUUACACAGCAGCAGUGUGAAGAGACUCUGAAGAUCCACGGAAACUGGGAUCAGGCACUGGAAGCAUUAUCUUCCUCAGCUCAGAAACCUCGAAAUAGCCAUAUAAACUCAAGCAUAUCCAUAGCCAACGGAGACGAUAAGGACUUUGUACGUGUGAAGAAACAUUCAAACCAGCAAAAACAUAAACCUGUGGUUUCCGUGCCAGCACAGCAGCCACGCAAACUCUUUCCGGUCUGGAUUGGAAAUGUGACCACUCGCAUCACCGAAGAAUCGUUGCGCGUAAUAUUUGAAACAGUUGGAACCAUCCACAGCAUCAGAAUGCUUCAAGAUCGCUUUUGUGCCUUCAUUAACUUCACUACCAAGCAAGGAGCCGAACGUGCCAUUGCAGAGUUACAGGGAAUUGAACUGGAGGGAACGAAGUUGGUGAUCCGGCAUCCUGACAAUAUCUACAAGCACCUCGGAGCGGGCAGGGCAGGAGCCGCAGCCCGCUAGUCUCGGCCGUCAGGCACCCACCCACCCUCCCGCACGCUCCCAGGGGUAGGGUCGGUCGUUGGAGGGGAAGGGGCGAGCAGGCGGACCCAGAAGGACACACCUCUGUGUGUGAGAGAGACAGAGACAGACCUUUCGUGAUUUGGACAGGGUCUCCCUCCUUCAACACCAGGGACAGAGAGAGCCUUUGGUCUGCAAUCAAGUAUCCAAGAGACUGGAAGACAACGUGGAGUUUGGAAUGAUGGGCUUGGACAGUCUGAGGGUGGGGCUGAGCAUGUGGGGUGGGGUGGGGGGGGUGGGAAAUCAACAGUUUCCUCACACACACACACACACAACAAAUGUGCACACAUACUUAUUUUCUCUGUCUCUCUCUCUCUACAUAAAUGUUCUGAAUAUUGAAGGGCCUAGAUAGAGGGCAUGUUUCCUAUAGUGGGGGAAUCUAGGACGAGAGGGCACAACCUCUGAAUAGAGUGGUGUCCAUUUAGAUCAGAGGUGAGGAAAAUUUCUUUACCAGGAUCACCAAGAGGGUGGUGAAUCUGUGCAAUUCAUUGCCACAGACGGCUGUGGUGGCCAAGUCAUUGGGUAUAUUUAAAGCGGAGGUUGAUUAGUUCUUGAUUAGUAAGGAUGUCAAAGAUUACGGGGAGAAGGCAGGAGAAUGGGGUCUGAGAGGGAUAAUAAAUCAGCCAUGAUGGAAUGGCAGAGCAGACUCGAUGGGUCAAAUGGCUUAAUUCUGCUCUCACGUCUGUGGUCUCACACGCACACUUCACAUUCCUUCGGACAGCAGACCAGAUGUCCUAGACCACAGUCUAGAAAGCUCCUUCACUUAUUUCCCUGGAUGAAGGCCAUUUGGCUCGUUCAGUCUGUGCCAGUGUGAUCAUUGACAGCAUCUGCUUCUGGGGAGCCCUUUUCACAGGUGGGGUCUGGGGCGGGGUUUUGAAUCGCCUUCCAAAAAUGCCCCUACCUCAGCCCACCCCUGGCUGGUCUGACAGCAUAAAAGGAUCCUGCUGGGAAGCCCCUUUAGAUCACCUACAGUGUGAUUUUCCCCCUCAGUCAAAUCAGAAGCCCACCAGAGGGACAUGGCACAGUUGUAAUGACACCCUUGCCUCGAGUGGAUCACUGAAUCUUUUCAAAUGCUGCUUCUCGUGACACACAUCAGAGACCUGGGCCAACCCUACUAACCCCCCCCCCCCAAACACCUGAACUGUCAAACAGCCGGAGAGCAUCUCCUCCUGGUCUCCCCACGACCAUCCCUGCUGCUUUCCUGACUCCCGGUGUCUGGGAUGGCGUGGGUGGAGAGUGGUGGGGCCCCACUCCCUGCCACUCCUGGUGCCAUAUCAGUCACAGUGCUGGGUAAUCGUUAAAACUCGGUGCUCAACAAGUAAUGAGCUGAUUUUACAGUUUAUAGAAUGCACAAUGUCUUUAUAUAUAAAAAGAAUCAAGUUUUUACAACCAGAUCAAAGAAGAUUUGAACAAAAUGAGGCGCGGCAGAGAUUCCAAAUAUAUAUUCCCGCGAAUCUGCAGACUGUGUGUUUGUUUUGCUCAGUGUUUGACGAUGAGUCUUUCAGACUCCACACACCACAGUGUGGCACAAGGAAUCUCUCCACACACUCCAGUGUGACACAGGGAAUCUCUCCACACACCACAGUGUGACACAAGGAAUCUCUCCACACACCCCAGUGUGGCACAAGGAAUCUCCACAUUCCGGAGUGUGACACAAGGAAUCUCUCCACACACCCCAGUGUAUCACAGGGAAUCUCUCCACACACCCCAGUGUAUCAUGAGGAAUCUUUCCACACCCCAGCGUGACACACAGAAUCUCUCCACACACCCCAAUGUGACACAGAAUCUCUCCAGACACCCGAGUGUGACACAAGGAAUCUCUCCACACAACACAGUGUGACACAAGGAAUCUCUCCACACACCACAGUGUAUCACAAGGAAUCUCUACACCCCAGUGUGACACAAGGAAUCUCUGCACACACCACAGUGUUUCACAAGGAAUCUCCACACACCACAGUGUGACACAAGGAAUCUCCACACACCACCAUGUGACAGAAGGGCAAACAACAGGAAUUCUGCAGAUGCUGGAAAUUCAAGCAACACACAUCAAAGUUGCUGGUGAACGCAGCAGUCCCGACAAAGGGUCUCAGCCUGAAACGUCGACUGUACCUCUUCCUAGAGAUGCUGCCUGGCCUGCUGCGUUCACCAGCAGCUUUGAUGUGUGUAUGUGACAGAAGGGAUCUGUCAACAUACCAUACCAGAAACCCAAACCACACAGGUCAGUGUCAAAUUACAAAGGCUGAGCUGGUGAGGGAUGGAUUUUAGACCAUUGUUUAUGGCUGUUAAAGUGGUGUACUUUUUGAGAAUUUAAUCAGUCUCAGGUAGCCACAGUGAAUGGCAGGUGUGUAAUACAACAGAGAGACCUUGGGGUAGAGGCACAGAAAACAUGGUACAUUGAACAUAGUGCAGCACAGUACAGUACAGUACUGGCCUUUCAGCUUCUGAUCCUGUUCCGAACACAGACUAUGCUUCUUUCAUCCUCAUGCCUAAUCAAGCAUCUCUUUAAUGAUCCUAAUAUAUCUGCCUCGACCACCACCUUUUGACUGUGCAUUCCACUGUGUUUUUAAAAAAACAUACACACAUUGACUUCCCCUCUGUACUUUCCUCCAAUCACCAUAAAACUCUGGCCCCUUAGUCUUUGAGAUUUCCGUUCUGGCAAAAAAUCUCAAAAAGAGAAGAGCCCUAGGUCACUCAACCUAGUUUCAAAGACAUGCUCGUUAAUCUAGGCAAUGUCCUGGUGAAUCUCCUCUGCAACCUCUUUAAAGCUUCCACAUCCUUCCUAUAACGAGGCAGUAUAUUGUAAUUGAUAGUGAACAUGGUUCUGAAACCAUCUCGUUAGAUUCUGGACUAGUUCCUGAGGAUUGGAGGGUGGCUAAUGUAACCCCACUUUUUAAAAAAGGAGGGAGAGAGAAACCGGGGAAUUAUAGACCAGUUAGCCUAACGUCGGUGGUGGGGAAACUGCUGGAGUCAGUUAUCAGGGAUGUGAUAACAGCACAUUUGGAAAGCAGUGAAAUCAUCGGACAAAGUCAGCAUAGAUUUGUGAAAGGAAAAUCAUGUCUGACGAAUCUCAUAGAAUUUUUUGAGGAUGUAACUAGUAGAGUGGAUAGGGGAGAACCAGUGGAUGUGGUAUAUUUGGAUUUUCAGAAGGCUGUUGACAAGGUCCCACACAGGAGGUUAGUGUGCAAACUUAAAGCACACGGUAUUGGGGGUAAGGUAUUGGUGUGGGUGGAGAAUUGGUUAGCAGACAGGAAGCAAAGAGUGGGAAUAAACGAGACCUUUUCAGAAUGGCAGGCGGUGACUAGUGGGGUACCGCAAGGCUCAGUGCUGGGACCCCAGUUGUUUACAAUAUAUAUUAAUGACUUGGAUGAGGGAAUUAAAUGCAGCAUCUCCAAGUUUGCGGAUGACACAAAGCUGGGUGGCAGUGUUAGCAGUGAAGAGGAUGCAGGGUGACUUGGAUAGGUUGGGUGAGUGGGCAAAUUCAUGGCAGAUGCAAUUUAAUGUGGAUAAAUGUGAAGUCAUCCACUUUGGUGGCAAAAAUAGGAAAACAGAUUAUUAUCUGAAUGGUGGCCGAUUAGGAAAAGGGGAGGUGCAACGAGACCUGGGUGUCAUUAUACACCAGUCAUUGAAAGUGGGCAUGCAGGUACAGCAGGCGGUGAAAAAGGCGAAUGGUAUGCUGGCAUUUAUAGCGAGAGGAUUCGAGUACAGGAGCAGG